UGGCGCUUGCCGAAGCCGUGUGGCUGCCGUCGAUCAUUAUCGUCGUGUUAAGCGCAUUGUGCUUCUUUGCAAUUGAGUUGACGUCAUCAAAAAGUGUUUUCCGCCUUGGCUUGUGACGGGGCAGCAGCGUUGAGUGGUAUCGUCUCUCUCCGAACCUCGAUUCGAUUCAUUCGAUUCGAUUAGAGCGCAGGGGGGAUAUGUCGAUGAGAACGACGACUUCGGCCGCAGACGCAUCACGGACUCCCGUGAAACGAUUUCUGUGGGAUUGCAAGGCGGACUUCGACGAAAAGUUGGUGGUCGACGAGAAGCUGAUAGACUGCUUGAGCACGUUGUUAUAUGAAGAAGCUGUUGCCCCUCCAUCCAACAACAAUUUUCGAGUCAAGUCAAUCUGUGAGAUUGUGGGCUCAUUACUGCCAUCGGUGAACGACAAGGACUUAAAGGAUCGCAUUUGGACGCUGCUCUCGGAAAUUAGGCAUGGAGCUGCCGAAGCAGACGAGGGCGACUUGCAGGGGUCGGCGGAAGAAAUAAGAGCGACCGCUGCACUGGAGGCACAGUUUUCUGAUUGGUGUUUUUCAUCAGCGCCGGCUAGUGCAAGGGCGUCAUCCCCUUACACUCCGCUUUUUGCGAGUUCCUUUGAUGCAGCCACCAAGUCUAUAUCGGCGUUUGCAGCGUUGGGGUCUUCUCCAGGCCCAAGUACUGGCCUAAGUGGGCGUACGUCUGCAUCGGGGGACAUUUCCAGACUGCCCAGUUUGUCGCCCCGUUCUCAGUCGCCGCUGAUUGGCACAAGGGUUGCAUCAGAGGAGUGGGAGCAGGUGGGAACCAACCUUUUUUAUGCAGGGGAGCGGAGCGAUAUGAGGGUGCCUCUCUCUCGAAGGUGGAAUGAGAAAGCGGGGAGCGACGGCGCAAAAGGGGGAGCCGGUGCAAUUCAAUCAAAUGUAAGUUACAUCGCUGGUACCGAUAAUGGAAUGCGAGAAGGAUCAGCUGGACAUGUAGUCAACGGACUGGGCAACGACGAAGGUCAUAACCAGUCAACAUCUGCAGCAGGGGGAGUGCCGUCCUCGUCCCCGUCAUCACUGUCGUCCACCACGUUGUCUCCAUCCUUGUCACCGGCUUCAUCGUCCGUCGUGCUAUCGGGUUCGCUGGCAGACUCAGGGCAUUCGUCUUCUUCAUCAGACACCGCCACGGCAGAACAGCAGGUGUCGUCACCAUCACCGCCGCAGCAGCAACCACAAAACACGGUGCAUCGGCACCGAAGUCAAGAUGGGAAGUUGGCUGUCGGAAGCUCAAGCUCUGGCUUAGCAGGCAGGCAGGGAACAUUCAGCUCACUAAAUCCGAAUGCGACAGAGUUCGUUCCUCAGACAUUGAAGACCAGUAAUGGAGUUCAUGUUGAUGCAAAAUCUCAGAGUGCUCUCGUUAUGGCGUUUCACUCUUCUGGCAGUUUUGUCCCGGGUGCACCGAACACAGAGAGUUUGUCAUUCUUGGGCUCUCAGCAGUCAAAUUCAAAUUCUGUUGAUGAAAGUGAGUUCUGGCACGAUCAACUCCCAGAUGAUCUGCUUCCGCUACAAGACGAAUUGUCGUCGGUUGACUUGUUACCUCCAGAUGACAUCUUUGACUAUACCGAUCCCAUCUCUCUUCAGGACGAUCACUCCGUUGCCCCUCUUACGUCAGCUGUUCAGAGCUCGAGUGCUGGUAUUGAAGGAGGGUGGGGUAUGACCUCGACAACCUCGACACCGCAGGUUCUCGUGGCGGCGAGUUCAACUCCAUCCAUCUCAGCGCCGGCGGCACACAUGCAUCAGUCGGUGAAUGGUUUUGGCUUCAAUGGUGCGGAUCAGCGGCUGCACUCUGGACUCAGCCAGAGCUAUGCUCCCAGUGUCACAUCUCUCCGAUACGCACAUGCAUCUUCGCUUCGAGAGAAGACAACAGGCACUGCUGCAUGUGCGCAGACAGCCUUGAGCUCGGUGGGUGCUGGUGUCGGUUCAUCAUUUGGAGCAGCAGCAGGAACGUUCAGUGGCAAGUUCCUACCAGAGCCACCCCAGGUCGCAUCGCAGACUCAGUUGGUGCAACCAUCGGGUGCAAGGGAGAGACCGCAGAGCCAAUGGCUUGCCAGUCAGCAUUUGGAUAUCACAAGCUCACUACUAGAAGAAGCAUCAUUUCCCGAAGAGGAGGACGUCGAUGGGGAUGCCGUUAGGGCACUUGCAGCGCUGUUUCCAGGCUUCUCAGCUGAAAGUCUCGCGGAUAUCUACUAUGCUAAUGGAGGCGAUCUGGUCCUGACAACAGACUUGCUGAACCAGCUUGAGCUGCAGGAGGAGGUCUCGGCAUCAAGCCACUUGCACCCUCAGCCGCCCCCGUUGACCUUAACAGAUUUUCCAGCUCUGUCUGCUGUGGAGAGAAUCAAAGGCCAGUUGCAGAAUGGUGGAAUGGAUGUUCCUGGGAUGGGCAGGGGCUCUAGGCUGGAUGAUGCGGAGUUGAGGGGUAUCGGACGGGGAGGACCGGGUAUAGACGUGCGAGGGCUCCCUGACUUUGCUGCGGUUGUCAGAAAGCACGCUGCUCAGCAAGCCCAGUGGCAGUUGGAGUGCAAUAAUACCCUGACCGAGGCCGGAAUGGGUAGGGGCAGGAACCCAGUGUACGCUUCACGAGGUGCUGGCCAUGGCUUGGAGAUGGGACGAGGAGGAUCGCACAGCUUGAAAUCUGACUCCUACACGAAUGGUCGUGGACUACCUGCCCCGUCGCUUGCUCCGAGCCAGUGGCUGGACACAGGCACUGCUGUCACGGCACUCUAUAACGAGCUUCGCGAAGAGGCAAGCGACCAUGCGCGCAUCCGUAACAGUUGUUUUCAGCAGGCGACACAUGCGUACCUUGGAGGCAACAAGCGUCUUGCAAAAGAGCUUGGUGCACAGGGGCAGUGGCACAAUGAACAGAUGAAGGCUGCCCAUGCGAAGGCCAGUGAGGCAAUAUUCAGGCAUAGGAAUGCUGCAAGUGGAUAUACGAGUGGCGGUCCCAGUCAGAGAGGGAUCCUCGACUUACACGGACUUCAUGUGAAUGAGGCGCUCCCUUUGUUGAAGCGAGAGCUGGCAGCUCUAAGGGCUGCGUCGCAAAGGCUAAGACAAAGACAACAGAUUUUUGUAUGUGUGGGGACAGGGCAUCAUACAAGAGGAGUACGGGCACAAGCACGGCUUCCGGCAGCAGUUGAAAGAUGCCUGGCAGAAGAGGAGCAGGUCCAUUUCGCUGAGGCGAAGCCGGGACUACUCCAUGUAGUGAUUUGAUACACCAUUGAUAUGAAAUUGAGUUUGGGACUGUUAGGGACCAUAGGGGACAACCGUGGUGGGUAUUUUCUCCCUUUGGCGACUGUUAGGGACUGGAGGGGACAACAGUGCACUGGGUACUUCUCCACAAAAUGAUGUGGGGAGGUCGCUUGCCUGUUUCACCGUCAUGGUGGCUGCCUGACUGGACCUUUUAUCACGUUGGGCUAGUCUUUUCCGGGCCCGUGCCUGACUGGACCUUAUACCACAUGGGGCUAGUUUUGUCUGGGUGUGUCCUGCUUGCGCUGAGCUGGAUCUUACCUAGACCUUACCCCAUGUAGGUUCCGUCGGCUUGUAUCCAUACCAGAAUCUCUUUCCUUCUUCAUUCAUGUGCCAUAGAUCAUUGACAAGUAGAACCUGAUUUCAGUUCACCAUGUAGGUUAGGUCAUGUCCUCUAUGUUCUCGCUCUCUAGGGCACCCAAUUUCACAAACUAUGUGCUGGUACUGCACUGACAUCCCAUAACUUUCCUCUUCACAUUUGUAAAUCCGCGCUGAGAGGCAUUUGUACCUGUCCAUCCACCACUGGUACACCUUCUCAGAUUUUCUUGAACACUGUCCAUUUCAUAAUUUGUGCAUCUAUUGACUGUCCCUCUCGCUGUUGGCUUUUGCUGUACGAUCUAACAGGCAUAGUAGGAUUUCCUUUUCGUCCACUUCGGUGCUCUGCGUACACCCGCCUCGUGCCGGCAGACUUGCGUGAUCCUGCAGGCUAUUUCAUGAUGUCUCCGGACACCCUGAUCAUCUGCGCUGCUUCGGUUCUUCUGAGAGUCAGCAUUUCGUCGGUUCAAGGCAACAGGUAAACCCUUGUGGCUUCCCGCCCAUUUCUCCCGCCAGUUUCUGCGUUUAUACACAAAUGUGAGCAAUUUGGUUCAACCGUCUUUUCGUGUUCUCUGUAGAGAGGGUUUUAUUUUCACAUUUCCAGCAUAUGACACUUUUCUGGCUGGAGCGGUGAUGACCUUCACCUGGUCAUCGCCAAAUGUUAUUGAUACAGUGAUACUUACUUCCGUCGGAAUUGCUCGAGUCCAGCUUCAUUGUCGUCAGCAUUCCACACGUAGUUGUCGUGCUCACACCAGUCAAAAGGGGACAGUUCUAUACUUUGAUAUCUGUUGUCAACAGGGAUCUCUUUGCGACUGGUGUUCAUGUAGGUUGGCGCCUCCAUCGUUGCUUUGAGGAUGGAUGGGUGGUGCUCUGGUUGUUGUUUGUUGUUUCUUUUUAGGGGCGCAAGACGGGUGGGUGGGUGGAGCCGGCGUUGGUAUUGAGGGUGGAAUGAGGGAAAGGGGAUCAUUGCUUUUUCCCACGUCUCUCGAGUGUGCUUGAGAACUGCUGCCUGGGCCUGGCUCGCCCCGUGUCUGUUAGAUUGCUCACCCUGACGUGACGAUGUCUGUGUACUGUGAAAGUUGCGAAGUAUAAGUCUCUGCACAGGGAACUCUGGUGUUGAUUCCCUAUACUGAGAUUCAGCACAACUCUCCUGUCAAAUGGCGAUUGGCAGAGCGAUAUGGUCAGUUAUUUCGUCUCUCCUUCUAACGAGACCUGGAGCGACUUUGGAAGUUAGUUUGUGUAAUCUGCUGUAGAAAAAAGACUGGAUCAGUGGGCAGGGAGGGGAGACUCGUGAUGAUUACGUAUUCUUUAGGUAGGUAUUCAAAAGGCCACUCCGUCAGGCCAAUUGGUUCACUUCUAUCGAUCUGCCACCCCUUG